AUGGCCCCUAAAGAUAAGAACGCCCAACCUGAGCCUAAAGUUUUGCUUGGAAGGCCAAAAAACAACUUGAAGCUCGGUCUGGUUGGACUUCCAAACGUUGGAAAGUCCACGACUUUUAAUUUGUUAUCUAAGCAAUGUGUUCCUGCUGAAAACUUUCCGUUUUGUACAAUAAGUAAGUCCAAAAUCCUCAUGAAGCAGUCGUUUCAGGUUCAAUUUAAACUAAUUCUGUUUAAAAGAUUACCUUUAGUUCCUGAUGAACGAUUUGAUCACCUUUGUAAGGUGUUUGCGCCCAAAAAGGAGAUUUCUGCAACCUUGACCAUUUUUGACAUCGCUGGCCUGGUGAGAGGAGCCCAUAAGGGAGAAGGGUUGGGUAACGCCUUCUUGUCCCACAUCGAUGCAGUUGAUGGAAUCCUCCACGUUGUUCGCGCCUUCGAGGAUGAUGAAAUUAUACACACCGAUGGCGAGGUUAAUCCAGUUAAUGACCUGGAUACGAUCAACCAAGAGUUAAUUUUGAAGGAUUUGGAUAAGGUAACAAAGGCGAUAGCCGAAGUGGAUAAAGUAUACCAGCGUAACAUGAAAAUAAAAUCAAAAAAAGAGGAGUUGGAUACGCUGGUUAAAGUAAAGGAGCAGCUGGAAACCAACAAGUGGAUAAGUCAAGGAUCGUGGAAAUCUAAUGAAAUACCGUACAUUAACGAAUAUAACUUUUUAACAGCUAAGCCAAUAGUGUACCUCGUUAACCUAUCAGAAAAUGAUUUUGUGCGUCAGAAGAAUAAAUGGCUAGCCAAAAUAGCUAAAUGGGUGCAGGAAAAUAACCCAGGUCCCAUAAUACCAUACAGUGCCCAGUUUGAGCAGUCAUUAGAAGCAUUCCCAACAGAAGAAGCUCGUCAAAGUUAUUUAAAGGAUAAAAACGCUGCUUCAAGUAAGAUUGCUAAAAUAAUCACAAGUGGAUACCAUGAGUUGCAACUCAUUCACUACUUCACAUGUGGGCCUGACGAGGUGAGGUGCUGGACGAUAAGAAAUGGAACGAAGGCCCCGCAAGCAGCCGGUAGGACUAAGCGUGAUAACACGGCAUACAGUGGCGCUAUGAAUAACACUUGUAGGAAGGAGUAUGUUGUGAAUGACGGCGACAUCAUAUUCUUUAAGUUUAACGUUACCAACAGUAAGAAGUAA